ACCAAUAAACUCCUAAUACUCAAAAUACCUAUAAUAUAUUUUACAUAAUACGUCUCCCGCACUAAGUAAUGGUAAUCCCUGUGUCGAGGGAGGUUACACAAAGAUUCAGAUGACAGAUCACAUGAACAAAGACAUCCAGUUGUGUGGAAGCAUUCGUGGAUCAACUUACCCAACGCGGGAAUCAAACCCGCGACAAGUCGUGCUCAGUGAGCUUUUCGUGCUGUACUGUUGACUCUAAUUUACCAAAUUGAAAGUACCUGCAUAAUAAAAUGUUGUGCACCCCUGGCAAUGUGACCUGUAACGUCAAAUACUAUUCAAUUAAUAUACGAGCUAUUUUUAUUAUCAUCGUAUUUCGAUCAUUUGGAGUUUAUUAUUCGACAAGUUCACUAGUCUCUAAAUCCAAAUCAAAAUGGCCGAAGUCGACAAAUACACAGGCUUGACGAAGGAGCGUUUCGACCUCGUUAUGGAAAGAUAUCGUAUUUUCCAAUCGACUUGUGACGAUGUUACAAAAACCCCAACUGUAGUUUUUGACAGAAUCACGCAGAAGUCUCUUGAUGAGCUGGCUCUCAUUAGGGAGGUCAGUCAGGAUUUGCAGAGGAAAAAAGAAGAGGAUGUGAGGAAAGCAGCGCAAGCACUUGAGGAAGAAAUUAAAAAGAACGAGACCGCUGCGAAACAAGAAGUUGAAGAAGAGAAAAAAGAAGAAUAAACUUAGACUGAAGUUAUUGUAGUUUAUUAUUGAUCUAUUAAUUCUAAUUAUUUAUUAAAUGUUCGUAUUUUA